AUGACGAGCAGAAUGAAACUCCGACAGCUUCUCACUCAGAGCAAGCCCCCCAUUAAUUGCCGUUCAAAAAGUACGAGUACUUAUGUGAACGAAGACAACUGGCCGAAGCUAAGGGGACACAUCACAUUAUGGGCCGACUUCAACAUCGGGACACUUACCAGUCGAUACGGCAAGCUACUGGAAAUGGAAAUGGAACACCCGGAAGGUGUCGCUAAAGAGAAGCUCGAAAACCUCACCAUACAUGGAAUGAAGGACAUCAAGCAAAUUAUUGCUUGGAAUGCGUCGAUCCUUGAGCCAGCUCUACAGUUCGGCCAAUCUCAGUUGCCGCUUCAAAAGCUACGCAUUGUUCAUGAACAUACGAAUCCCCAUAUCACCGCUGCCAGUUCACAAACCAGGGUCGAUCAUUUGAUCGAACUCAAAGAUGCCCCGACUCGGACCCUUGUUGUGGGCUUGGGGGCUACAAGCAUAAAGUUCAGAGGGGGCGCACAUCUGAGCCGUAGCAAUCAGAAGAACAAGGCCUCGAGAGAGGAGAACCUCAUGAGGCAGCUCGCGCAUGCUUGUGACUUGGCCAAUUCCCGUUACGGGUAUAUACAAACUAACGACGAGCUUGUUGCAUGUCGAUUCAGCUGCACGGGUACAGUUUGGGAGGCAGAGAUCAUGCCCAUCCCUAUGGAGCUUUCUGGGGACCAGGGAAUGACAACAGCGCUGGCUAUUUGGUGGAUGGCCAUGCUGGCCAUGCCAAAAUGGGAAGACUCCGACAUCAGGCCAAGGGAGAAGAUGGCGCCGCUGGAUGGACAGGUUGCAACAAAGAAACGCAAAGCCAACGACGACCCCCAGGCGAGCGUUACGGAUCCAGACGGCAACUCAGGUCGAAUGGCCGGCCCAAGCCCCCCGAGUGGCCCGAACAUGGAAGUCCUAGACACUAACGCAGGUAUCGGUGGUUCCCUCAACUCUGCCAGUCACAACGCAAGCUUUGCAAAUGUCCCAAACAUGGGACUCCUGGACACUGCCGCAGGCGUCGGUGGUAUCCCCGACUCUGCCAGUUGCAACGCAGGCUUCCCAAGCUUCAGCAACCCAGGAUUGGCAGACAACAGCAUCGGGAGCCCCGAGGGUCUAAACUCGGAAUUUGAAACCGGCAUACGAAUGAGCGAUUUCGUCAACUUUGUGGAGGAUGUUGAUGAGCUUCAGCGUCGUCAGUCCUGA